GAAGCACUGGGAGUCAUGACAGACUUAUGGUUGGUUUCUUUCCCUCUGGACAAGACCAGUUUAACCAGUGUUCAGAAACUCAAGCGCACCCUUGCCAAAACCAACCUGGCCUCCAGCUUCAACUUCUUCAUUCCAGAUCUCAAGGUGGGAAUACUGGACAGUCUGUUCAGCGUGUCAGAUGAUCUCUCCAAGCUCGAUACACUGACUGAAAGUGUUAUUAAAAAAACCCAUCAGUGUAUGAGGGAGGUGAUGGAGCACAGCACUGACAAAGUGCUGGAAAACGCCUUAGCCAAUGGAGUGGACCUGAUGAGCUACAUGACCAAGUUUCAGUGGGACAAAGCCAAGUAUCCCACAGCUCUGCCUCUGUCCAGCCUGGCAGACAUCAUCAACAAGGAGGUGUCCCAGAUGGAGGCAGAGUUAAAAUCUCGAGCGGUGGCGUACAACAGUGUGAAAAGGAGCCUGGAGCACAGACUGGAUGGGACUUUGCAAACUCGCAGUCUGAAUGACAUCGUGAGGAGGGAAGACCUGGUGGUCUCGGAGUACCUCACCACUCUACUGGUCCUGAUGAGCAGAGGGAGAUACCUGCAGUGGGAGAGGACCUAUGAGUCUUUAUCAGAGUUUGUGGUUCCACGGUCCAGCAGGAAGCUGUACGAGGACGGAGAGGGAGGCGUUUUCUCCGUCACACUUUUCAAAAGAGCCGUGUGUGAAUUCAAAGUCAAAGCCAUGGAGAGCAAGUUCACCGUGCGCGAGUACAGCUUCGAUCUGGAGGCGAAGAAGCAGCAGGAGAUGAAGCAGCACAAUGUUCACAAGAUGGAGCAAUACGGAAUCUUUGUGCGUUGGCUGAAGGUGAAUUUCAGUAGGGUGUUUGUUGCCUGGAUUCACUUGAAAGCAUUGAGGGUGUUUGUGGAAUCAGUCCUCAGGUAUGGAAUACCGGUGAGCUACCAGGCUCUUGUGCUGCGCACGGACAAGAAGUGUUCGAAGAAGCUGAAAGAAGAACUCGCCUCCCUGUUCAUACACCUGGACCCCACCGCCGCCACCUGCAAGACACAUCAGGCAAGCUGUGACAUCCCAGAACUCUGUCAGCAUGAGUACUUCUCCUACAUCUGCUACCAUAUCAACACCAAUCUGCUGGAGAUCAGCUAG